AACUUCACGCUUGGAUAAUCCGCAAAAGUUGUUUGAGUACUUUGACACUAUUUUUGUUAAUAUAUUUUAUGCUUUUAUUUGCCAUAGCCUGUGGCUAUAAUUAGAAAUCUUCCCCAGGAUGCACCGCGAUCGGAUUUCCCUACUUCCGUUAUAUUUAUUGAUUUGACAAACACAGAAAAUUGCAUUUUUUUUCCACAAUAACUACAGUUCUCUUAUAACAAAGCAUGAAUACAGUGAGCAAACGAAAUGGAAAAAGAGAAAAUAAAUCCACGAAAAAUGGGACUUCUAAAAUCAAAGGAAAGCAGCUUUCGGAGGAAAACAGAAAAAACAACAUUCUGUCAACCAUUCUCGAGUGGGAUGAGAAAUAUACGUGCAUAUGUGCAGUGUUCGCAGACAAAACCUCGUCUUUCAGGCCAAUAAUGAAACUGUUAGAGAUAUCUUGUCACGGGAUACCAUGGCUUCUCGGCACUGUUGUUUUAAUCCUGUCGGUGCACCAGGCACAUCACAUAGAAAUUCUUGUCAAUCUUUUCUAUGGACUUAUCAUCGACCUUAUUGCAAUAUCAGUUUCAAAGAUAGCAUUCCGGAGAUCUCGUCCAGCACACAAUGAGAUGGACAUGUUCGUCACAGUUUCCAUCGACAACUAUUCAUUCCCUUCAGGCCAUGCUUCAAGGGCAGGGAUGUUGGCCUGUUUCUUUGUCUUACAUGCUGUGGAAUCUCCAAAGUGGAUAGUACUAAUUCUGUUAUGGUCUUUCAUUGUAACAUUUUCACGUGUGCUGCUGGGCAGGCACCAUUUAGUUGAUGUGAUAUGCGGGUAUAUCUUAGGGAUUGGUGAAUAUGUAAUACUAAGUUACCUCUGGAUAUCAAGAGAGACCUCUCUCAGUUGGCUGGAACUAUACUUUAGUCAUUUUCAUUUGUAGUCCAAACAAUAUCCAAAUGAUUUUUGUUGUUGGUUUCCUUUCAAACUUAUCAUGGUGAUAUUUUGCUACCGGUAUUUUAAUGUUCUGCACAUGUGUGUGCAAACUGUUAGCCUUGGCUUGUCCAAGGUUUUCAUUAUUUUUAUGUUGAAUUCAUGUUUAUAAUCCUAAAUGAAAAACACAGUUUUACCAAUCAUGCUCUGAUAUUUUUAGUGUUAUUGUACCAGUAAAUAUUUUUUUUAAAGAUUUAAGCAUGAUUGGAAAUUGAAAAGUGUAUUUAAUUUAUGUAGAUUUCUUUUAUCAAUACAUGUUAUUGUGAACUGUUCAUUGAGAAAUUCUUAAAUUUAACAGGUUUAUCAAUGUUAAAAGUUAAAACACAUUUAAAUGUUAUUGUUCAUUCAGUUUUUGGUAAUAUUCCCCAAACAUACUGGAGGUUAACAAAGGUAAGAGUAGAUCUCCAGACAGCCUUAGAUCCAUACAUGUAAUUUUUAUAUUGUUGUUAUGCCAUCUGUUAUGUGUUGUAAUAGUAUAUAUCUAGAAGAAAAAUUCAAUAUUCUUUGACACAGAAGGACAACAGGAAUUUUAUCUUGCAGUAUAUAUAGCUUCCUGGUGAUAAGGCCUAAAACAAUUCUUUGUUUCCAGUAACAUGCUCAAAAAAAUUAGGGUAGGUAGGUCGUAAUUUUUUUUUUUAUUAAGUGAGACUUUUCGGAAAUUAUUUUUGUGUCAAAAAAUGAAUACAAAUAAGGGGGUUAUAUGCCUUUAGAGCAUCAGUAAAUUGAUUUCUAACAUCACUAACCAUGUUUAAAGCACCAUAAGCAGUUUUGCAACUUUUUUAUUAAAAGUUGAAAAAAAAAAUUCUCCAAGGCCAUAAAAACAUUUAGGGUUGGGCCAGAAAUUUAGGGUUGGUCAGGAUACCAGAAAGAAACAAUUUUUUUACGCUUAAGUAUCAAGCAGUGUAUCUUGGUAUACUUUUAUGUUGAUAGAAUAUUAUGCUGGCGUUAAUAUAUAUAUGAAUGUUAGUCAACUGUUGAGUCCAGGACAUUAUAUCUGUUUCAUUAACUGUUUAGAUAGUUCUGUCAGAAGAUUACAGUGUAAAUGGAAAAAUGAUAAUGUUUCCAUAUGAAAUAAUCUCUCUAGUCCAGCAAUAUAGCUACCUAUACACAUAUGGUUACCUGAAUACCAGUACACACUAAUUUCUCGGAGACAGGAAAUUAAAACAUGUGUUUGUAAUUUCAUUUGCUCAUCACAAAAAGCUUCAUCUUUAAUGUUCAAAGAGCUUAAAAAGCAUGUAAAAAUAAGCAAAAAGGAAGUCUAUUUGUAUGACCUAAGAAGAAUAAUAGCAGACUCGGGUUGAUUUAGUCUGUUCCUGAGAGGUAAUGAAAUGUACAACACAUCUCAUCCCCCACCCCACAGUAGCCCCAGCUUAAGCGGAACUUUAUAAUACAUCCAAUGAAUGGACUCCAUGAUUCCAUAGGACCAGAAAAUUGAAUUUUGACCAUAAGAUGGAAUAUUGGCCAUUUGACAACUGUGGAAAGGUUUGGUGAUGUUAGCAUUAUAAUUGGGUUUUUUUAAUACAUACAGCUGACAAAAUAGACUUUCUUAAUGUCUUUUACAAAUUACAUUGUAGUUCAGCAAACACCAGUGUCAGCUUUAUCUUUUCGUUACCUGACUUUAAUGCAUGUAUUAAGAUGCUUUGAAAAAAUCAGUGUUGUAGAAUCAGAAUUACUGGUAUUUCAGACAUGCCGAACUAUCGGGAGAUUUAUGCUUCUAUCAUAUAUUAUAUCAUAAUCAAGAUUAUUUCAGAUGGCUUAAACAGAAAAAAAAUAAACUAAUAUUGAUUUUGAGAUCAAUUUUAAAGUAUAUUGCCUUAAUUCUGUGUUCACAAUAUUUUAGACUGUUUCAGAAAAAAAUUUGGUGCUAUUUGAGCCACGCCAUGAGAAAACCAACAUAGUACAUUUAUGACUAGCAUGAAUCCAGACCAGCCUUUGCAUCCGGGCAGGCUGGUCAGGCUCCAUGCUGCUCGCUUUUAAAGGCUAUUGCAAUUAGAGAAACCCUUAGCGAACAGCAUCGAUCUUGACCAGACUGUGCAUAUGCGUAGGCUGAUCUGGAUCCAUGCUGGUCGCAAAUGCGCUAUGUUGGUUUUCUCACGGCACGGCUCAUUUCAUUUUAGGAGGAUGGUUUGCAGUUUUUUUUCUCAGUACAAGCCUUAGUAUGGUCCAUUAAAAACUUAUUUGUAUUUGAAUGAUAUAUAUUCAAUCAAUUAACAUGUAUUCAAACAUAGAUAUAAAGUAUUUUUGUAUGACAUUUCUUUUUUUUAGAUAAUGCUUUUUUGUGUUUUAUGUUAUAUUUUCUGAUAUUUCAUAGUCCAAACAAUGUUUAAAUAUUAUUCCAGGACAUUUUAGUUUUUAUUUUUAUGUACUGUUGUCACACUCCAGCCCAGGAUGCUCUUACAGUAAAAGCCAUUUCUGUCAAAUUGUAAAUAUACGCUCUUUAAAACUUUAUUACAUUUGUUUUUCAAGUAUUUUUUUGUCUGAAGUUUGUUUAAAUGUCAGUAGUCUCUCAUGCACUCUUUGAGUACUGUCACGUGACAUCUAUUAUAGUACAUUGUACAUGUGGAACUUGAUUUCUUGAUUGAAUCAUCCGCAAACUUCACAAAAAAUAGUCCCCUGUAAUUGUUGUUUUAAGUUCAUGAAAUAUAACCAGUGUUCCAUAUUGUUGUUUUUUUACAUUCUGAAAAUGUCAUGAUAUUUGAAUAGGCGCAAAAUUUUCUGAACAAGUAGGACUGAUCAGAUUCUAAUCUUUUACUGAUUUUAGAACUUUUUUUUAAACAUUAUGUAAUAUAAACCAUUUUACUUCUGUAAUUUGUGAAUAAUACAGAAUUAGCAGUCUGGAUUAUGAAGUGAUAAGAGUUAAUAUAGUAAGAUACCAUGUUAGAUUAAUAGUUCAGUGAAGUACUAAAGUUUUAUUCUAUAUUCUGAAAAUUUUUGGUAUGUAAGAUUAAUACCGUAUUAUUGUGUUACAUCAGUCUUAGGUAAUACCCUAUUAUGGCGUCCCUUCAAUCCUAAGUUAUACCGUAUUACUAAUACCUUUUUAGACUAAAGUUAAGCUUACUCGUAUUUUCAUACAUGUACAUAAUAAAUCUAAGAGUAUCAGUUUCAUAUAUCUUUUGCUAAAUUUUAAUCUUAGUCCAAAAUUGAUAGUUUGUAUAGAUUUUGUAUGUAUGUUAUUUCAUGUUUUAUAGUGUAAUGUUGUGUGUGAAUUUUUAUGCCCCCCUUCGAAGAAGGAGGGGUAUAUUGUUUUGCAGAUGUCGGUUGGUAGGUCGGUCGGUCAGUCGGAAUGUAGACCAAUCCUUUUCUGGAUGAUAACUCAAGAACGCUUGGGCCUAGGAUCAUGAAAGUUGAUAGGGAGGUUGACCAUCACCAGCAGAUGACCCCUAUUGAUUUUGAGGUCUGUAUGUCAAAGGUCAAGGUCACAGUGACCCAGAACAGUAAAACGGUUUCCGGAUGAUAACUCAAGAACACUUGGGCUUAGGAUCAUGAGAGUUGAUAGGGAGGUUGGUAAUGACCAGCAGAUGACCCAUAUUGAUUUUGAGGUCAGUAUGUUAAAGGUCAAGGUCACAGUGACCCUGAACAAUAAAACGGUUUCCGGAUGAUAACUCAAGAACGCUUAGGCCUCGGGUUACGAAAGUUGAUAGGGAGGUUGGUCAUGACAAGCAGAUAAUCCCUAUUGAUUUUGAGGUCAGUAUGUCAAAGGUCAAGGUCACAGUGACCAGGAACAGUAAAAUGGUUUCCAGGCAAUAACUCAAGAACGCUUGGACCUAGUAUCAGGAAAAAUGAUAGUUAGGUUGGCCAUGACCAGCAGAUGACCCGUAUUGAUGUUGAGAUCAUUAGGUCAAAGGUCAAGGUCACAUUGGCCAGGAACAGUUAAACGGUUUCUGAUCUUCUUGUCCAAAACCAUAGGGCCUAGGGCUUUGAUAUUUGGUAUAUAGCAAAAUCUAGUGGUCCUCUAUUAAGAUUGUUCAGAUUAUUUCCCUGGGGUCAAAUAUGGCCCCACCCCGGGGGUCACAUGGUUUAUAUAGACUUAUAUAGGAAAAAACUUUGAAAAACCUCUUGUCCAAAACCACAGGGUCUAGGGCUUUGAUAUUUUGUAUAUGACAUCAUCUAGUAGUCCUCUACUAAGACUGUUCAAAUUAUUCCCCUAGGGUCAAAUAUGGCUCCGCCCUGGCGGUCACAUGGUUUACAUAGGCUUAUAUAGGGAAAAACUUUGAAAAUCUUCUUGUCCAAACCACAAAGACUAUGGCUUUGAUAUUUUGUAAUGUAGCAUCAUUUAGUGGUUCUCUACCAAGUUUGUUCAAAUUAUCCGUCUAGGGUCAAAUAUGGCCCCGCCCCAGGGGUCAUAUGGUUCAUAUAGACUUAUAUCGGGGAAAAACUUAGAAUCUUCAUGUCCAUAACUUACAUCAUUCAGAUUUGGACCACAUGUAUAGUUUUGAGUGGCAAGAUGAACCUUGACAUGAGUUAACCUUGAUCUUGACCUAGUGACCUACUUCCACAUUUCUGUAGCUACAGCCUUCAAAUUUGGACCACAUGCAUAGGUUUGUGUAUCGAAAAAAACUUUGACCUUGUUAUUGACCUAGUUAUCUACUUACACAUUUUUGAAGGUACAGGCUUCAAAUUUGGACCACUUACAUAGUUUUGUGUUCCGAAAUAAAAUCUGACCUUGAUUUUGACCUAGUGACCUACUUUCACAUUUCUCAAGCUACAGCCUUCAGAUUUGAACCACAUGCUUAGUUUUGUGUACCGAAACGAACUUUGAUCUUGAGAUUGACCUAGUGGUCUACUUUCACAUUUCUGAAGCUACAGGCUUCAAAUUUGGACCGCAUGCAUAUUUUUGUGUUCUGAAUUGAAAUUGAAAUUGAUUUUUACCUAUUACCUACUUUCACAUUUCUAAAGCUACAGCCUCCAAAUUUGAAGUACAUGCAUAGUUCUGUCUACCGAAAUGAACUUUGACCUUGAAAUUGAUCUAGUGACCUGCUUUUACAUUUCUCAAGCCACAGCUUUCAAAUUCGGACCACAUACACAUUGUUUUGUACCGAAAUGAAAUUUGACCUUGAUUUUGACCUUGAGCUAGUCUUGAAAUUUGGAACAUUCAAAGAUGGCUCAGUGGAUGGCGCCAAGAUCACUCUGUAAUCUCUUGUUAGGUUAAUAGGUUAAAGGUCAAGGUCUGAUUAAACCAGAAUGGUAGAACUUUUCUUUACAGUGAGCCUAUAAUAUCUGUUCCUUGUGCAAUUACUGAAUGCAUCAAGGGGGGCAUUUCAUGUUCGACGAGCUCUUGUUUUAAUUGUGAUAAAAGUCAUUUAUUGCUCUUAAGAUUUUAUUACAUUUAUUUAAUAGAAUUUUUAUUUUGCAUUUUGGAUACAAAAUAGAAAGUUUGUAAUGCAAAAGCAUUUUCUGAAAUUUUGAGGAAAGAGAGGAUCAGUUGCUGUCAAAUCUUCUUCUUCUUCUUGUCGUUCGCAGUGCUGUCAAAUCAAAUCUUCAUGUACUAAUUCAUUUCAAAAUAAGUCUGUAGCACUUAGUGUAAAGCUGCAUAGCCCAUAUGCAUGCCUAAUAGUUCUUAUAAAUAAAGUUUUGACGUUCAGCUCAUUGAUUUCAGUGUGUAAAAGUGUGUAAACAGUUGAACUGUUUUGUUUUUAAAAAGCCUUUAUAGUUUUUUUCCCCGUGAAGUCAAUAUAUUGAGGAUAUUGUUGUCUGCUUUACCUGACAUGUCUAACUUUAACAAAUCAGAAUAAUUGGAAACUGAAUACUAUGCCGAAUCUUCUCCUUAAAUUCCUCGAUUUCUCCCUAAAUUCUGAGGGAGAAGUCACUUUUCCUUGAAAUUUUGUUCAAGGAUGAUCCCUGCAAUCACAUGACUGGAUAGGGCACUUGCAAGAUUAAACCAGACCAUUCUUGUCAAAGUCUGUGAGAAGAAAGCAUUGUGAUUUGUCAGUGUGGUAGAUGGUAGUUUUAAAGUUAUUUAACCUUGGCCUGCUAAAUUUCUAAAAUGGACUGGUCUAACGUUGAAUUUAGACAAUACCAUUUAUUAUUCAAAGGGAUGUUCACUGAAAAUUUACUGGCUGAAUAGCAAACAGUGCAGGCCAUGUCUGUGCAGGCUGAUCUUGGUCUGCACUGGUGACAAAAGCAAAAUUGCUUGCUGCCAGCAGGCUAAAGGUUAAUAACAAACGUGUAAACAAUGCAAAAUUUGUUAUGAAAGUAGAAUAAUUUUGUUUUGCUAAAAAUUUUACAGAAAUGUUAAUAAAGAAUGUUAAUUUUA